AUGCGUCUUUUGAAGACCAAUGAUGACGGUAGUUUCAGCCUUGUCGGACCUCAACGUAGCGAUAUUUCACCCUACGCCAUUCUUUCACACACUUGGGGUGCAGAUCAUGACGAAGUCACAUAUCAGGACUUAUCCAAUGGUACAGGGAGAAAGAAAGAUGGCUAUAAAAAACUUACAUUUUGCAUGGAACAGGCUGCAAAAGAUGACCUUUACCAUUCCUGGAUCAAUACCUGCUGCAUCAACAAGUCCAGCGAACCAGAGCUUUCGGAAGCAAUCAGAUCCAUGUUCAAGUGGUGCCGUAACGCAUCAAAAUGCUAUACUUACCUCUCCGAUGUGUCUAAGGGAGUCUUGCUGGGCGACAAGCAUUCACUCGCAAAGGAAAUCUCUGAGAUGACAAAAAUACCAGUCGAGGCUCUUCAAGGACAUGAUCUCUCUAAAUCCAGCGUCGAGGAACGUAUGCGAUGGGCUAAAGAAAGAAAGACAACACGUGAGGAAGAUCAAGUUUACUCACUGUUGGGCAUUUUCAAUAUCCACAUUCCUAUCAUGUACGGCGAAGGCGAAGGCCAUGCACGGAAGCGAAUGAGGGAAGUAGUAGAGGCCAGCACCAGGGCCAGAGACGCGAAAGUGAGGAAAACAAAAAGCUUGUUACCGGCACCGGAUCCUUCACAUAACACUGGUCGGUGGCUGCUCGAUGGAGAGCGUUAUGAGACCUGGAAAAUGGAAACUGCUUCGAACAUAUGGCUAUACGGUAUUCCAGGUUGCGGUAAAACUAUCCUGAGUUCCACUAUUCUGAAAGACGUUUUUCUACAUUGCGACAGGCAUUCCGGAUAUGUUGUUGCCUACUUCUACUUCGAUUUCAACGACAUACAAAAACAAGACACCGAGCGGAUUCUCAACGCACUUUGUUCCUCGCACGACAACGGGAAACGACCACCAGCUUGCGAUAGUCUGUUGGAGGUAGCACGCGAUUUGAUAAUACAGUUUUCACAAGUCCACAUUGUUCUGGAUGCAUUGGAUGAGUGCAACCAGUGGUCUGAGUUGUUGGAAAUGCUUGAAACCAUUGCUAGCUGGAAGAUUCCGAAUCUGCAUCUCAUCAUGACAAGUCGGGAGGAGCCAGAUAUCAAGAGCUCACUAACAAGAUUUGUGGAUUCACACAACAGUAUCUGCCUUCAAAGCAACGUAGUUGACAGAGAGAUACAACUAUACAUCCGCCAAAGGCUUUCUGACGACAAGGGCUUGGCUAGGUGGAAAGAAGAUUCUGUUCUACAGCAAGAGAUUGAUUUUGCCCUUGUGAAAGGCUCCAGGGGAAUGUUUCGGUGGGCUGCAUGCCAGCUAGACACGCUCGGAAAGUGUCUCAAUCGAAAACGUUUGCGGGAAACACUCCAAAAGCUACCAUCCACCCUGGACAAGAUUUACGAACGGAUCCUGACGAGCAUCAGCGAGGAAUACGCUGAUUACGCUAUCCGCAUUCUUCAGUGGCUAGCUUUCUCAGAACGCCCCCUAUCAGUAGAAGAACUCGCAGAAGUGAUUGCAAUUGAUGUGUCACGCGAUCCAGAAUUUGAUAGAGACGAAGUACUGGAGGACCCCCUGGACGCACUAAGAAUUUGCUCUAGUUUGGUUUCCAUUACCCAUGAAUCGUAUUUUCUCAAUAGCUCGUUCGCGUUAUUCGAGAAGCCAUCAGAAGAGAUUGUUGUGCUUGCCCACUAUUCUGUCAAAGAGUACCUCAUCUCAGACAGGAUAAAGCGAGGUCAGGCAACGCGUUAUAGCUUACAGGCUGCAUUGUGCCAUGGUGCUAUAGCCGCGGCGUGUCUUGGUUACCUCAACCAGUUCCAGGAGCCUGAACUCAUAACAGAUCGAGCAUUGCAGGAGUUCAAGUUAGCAAGAUACUCCGCGAAGUUCUGGAGUAGACAUGUUCGAAAGGCAGAUGAUCAAGAGGCAGAAGUCAACAACCUUGCUUGCCGACUGUUAUCUACAGAAAACCCUGCCUACUUCAUUUGGAUGCGAAUAACCCAUCCGGAUAGGGAAUUCAGGUGGAACCACUACCCAGGAUCGACAACGAACAUCCUUCCACUAUAUUGUGCAUCGAUGCUUGGUCUCGAAAAGGUCGUGAGCCUCUUCCUUUCCGGGAAUGCAGACCCUAACGCACGGGGAGGAGAAUGUGAUAACGCACUGCAAGCAGCUUCGACCAAGGGCCAUGAUCGUAUUGUCAAAAUGCUACUCAGUGCUGGUGCCAAAGCCAACGUAGAGAGUGGUAAAUACGGUUAUGCACUUCUUGCUGCGCUGAAAUGUGGGCACGAGCGCACUACUAAGGUAUUGAUCGAAGCAGGCGCAACUUACUCGCACAGCAAGGGCCAGAGCAUUGGACACCUCGGUAUCGAUUUGAGAAAGAAGGAUAAGGGGGGCAGGACGUUACUGCAUGCUGCAGCUAUAGAAGGUUGUCUGAAUGAUGAGUUGCAAGAAUACCUCACCAACAUCGUUGGCCUUGAAAUGGUUGAUCAAGACAAAAGUGGUCGAGAUGCUUUAUAUUAUGUCACCAAGCGCCAUGAAGAGGAAGAAUUCAUGGCAAUACUCGGAGGUGAUGUCCACGGAGAUGCCGGCAUAGCAGCUUUGGGACGCAUGGUUGAAAUCAUGGAACUCACUCUGAAGCAGCUAGUGGCAUAG